UCCGGUGUUAAAGGCAACAAUGGCGGCGUCCACGAGCGGCGGUGUGAGUAAAGCUGUGGCUGAGAAAAAGAACAAAAAACAAGAUGACAGUGAUUUGCUGACGGUACCAGAUGGGUGGGUGGAGCCUACAUUUACAAAGGAGGAUAACCCACGUGGCCUGCUGGAGGAGAGCAGCUUCGCCACUCUGUUCCCCAAAUACAGAGAGAGUUACCUGAGAGAGUGCUGGCCUCUAGUGCAGAAGGCCCUCGGUGACAUCUUCAUCAAUGCCACUUUGGAUCUGAUUGAAGGGAGCAUCACAGUCAGCACUACAAAAAAAACCUUCGACCCCUACGCCAUCCUCCGAGCUCGAGACCUCAUUAAGCUGCUGGCCCGAAGUGUGCCCUUUGAACAGGCAGUGCGAAUCCUGCAGGAUGACAUGGCGUGUGAUAUUAUAAAGAUCGGGACGAUGGUGCGGAACAGAGAACGCUUCGUCAAACGCAGACAGAGAAUAAUUGGACCUAAAGGAUCCACGCUGAAGGCUCUGGAGCUGCUUACAAACUGUUAUGUGAUGGUGCAGGGGAACACCGUGUCUGCUCUUGGACCUUACAGUGGCCUAAAGGAGGUGCGUAAGGUGGUGUUGGACACUAUGAAGAACAUUCAUCCGAUCUACAACAUUAAGGCGUUGAUGAUCAAGCGUGAGCUGGCGAGAGACCCGGAACUCUGCACUCAGAGCUGGGAGCGCUUCCUCCCCAACUUCAAACACAAACACAUCAACAAACGACAACAAACGAAGAAGAAGAUGAUCAAGAAAGAGUACACACCGUUUCCCCCACCUCAACCUGAGAGCAAGGUGGACAGAGAACUCGCAAGUGGAGAAUUUUUCCUCCGUGAGAGAGAGAAGAGGAGGAGGAAGAUGACUGAGAUCAAGGUGAAAGAGGCUGAGGCUCUGAGCAGGAAACAGGAAGAGAGAAAGAAAGCGUUCAUUCCUCCGAAAGAGAAAAAAAUCAUCAAAAAGAGCAACAAAGCUCCUGUAAAAGACAAACUGGACAUCGAGGCCAUUAAAGAGAAGGUGAAGAAAGCAAAGAAUAAGAAACUGGGAGCUCCUCCAGUGAACCCCCCCACAGCGCUGCCUACAGGCCACAAGAAGAACACCAAGAUGAGCAAAAGAAUAUGAGAUCUGUACAUGGACUGUGUGUGUGUGUGUGUGUGUGUGUGUGUGUGUGUGUGUGUGUGUGUAUAUAUAAAGGGUUAGGAAUAAAGAUAAGGAUGACAGGUCAGUAAGAUGAUUGGGUAUAAAAAGAGCAUCCCAGAGAGGCGGAGUUUCUCAGAAGUAAAGAUGGGGCGGGGUUCACCACUCUGUGAAAGACUGCGUGGGCGAACAGUGCAACAAUUUAAGAAUAACAUUCCUCAAUGUAAAACUGCAAAGAAUUUGUGGAUCACAUCAUCUAUGGUCCAUAAUAUCAUUAAAAGAUUCAGAGAAUCUGGAGAAAUCUCUGUAUGCGAGAGGCAAGGCUGAAAACUGACACUGGAUGCCUGUGAUCUUCAGGCCCUCAGGAGACACUGCAUUAAAAGCAGACAUGUGUCUGUAGUGGAAAUCACUGUAUGGGCUCAGGAACACUUCAGAAAACCAUCGUCUGUGAAAACACUUCAUUACUGCAUCCACAAACGCAAGUUAAAACCAGAUAUAAACAAUAUCCAGAAACCCCACCCCCUUCUCUGGGCCCGAGCUCUUUUACGAUGGACUGAGGUGAAGUGGAAAACUGUCCCGAGGUCUGACGAAUCAAAAGUAUAAAUUCUUUUUAGAAAUCACAGACCCCACGUCCUCCAGGCUAAAGAAGAGAGGGACCAUCCGGCGUGUUAUCAGUGCACAGCUCAAAAGCAGCAUCUGUGAUUGCAUGAUUGGGUAUUAGUGCACAUGACAUGGGGAGCUUGUACAUCUGGGAAGGCAUCAUUAAUGCUGAAUGAUAUAAACACGUUUCAGAGCAAUAUGCUGCCAUCCAGACUAAAUCUUUUUCAGGGAAGGCCUUCCUUCUUUCAGUAAAACAACGCCAAACCGCUUUUUGCACAUAUUACAACUGCAUGGCUCAGGAGUAAAAGAGUCUGGGUGCUAAACUGGCCUGCCUGCAGUCCAGACCUGUCUCCCAUUUAAAACAUUUGGCACAUUAUGAAGCGCAAAAUAUGAGAAAGGAGACUCCGAACUGUUGAGCAACUGAAAUUGUAUAUCAGGCAAGAAUGGGACAACAUUUCUCUUUCAAAACUACAGCAGUUGGUCUCCUCAGAUCCCAAACGUUGACAGAGUGCUGUUAAAAGUAGAGGUGAUGCAAUACAGUGGUAAACACGCCCCGUCCCAACUUUAUUGAAAUGUGUAGCUGACAUCAAAUUCAAAAUAUUUUUCAAAAAACAAUAAAAUUUCUCAGUUUCAUCAUUUGA